GAGGGGGGGUGAGUCAAGUCGCAUGGCGUCGGCGUCUGUGUAGUAAAUUAUCGCGGACCCUGCUGCGUGAGGCGGCGUGAGGCGGGGCGCGAUUCACCGCGUACCCUGAGGCGCGGCCCGGCGCAGGAGAAAGAGGCGAGCGGGGAGCGUAGACCAAGUGAGAGUGUGUGUUCAUUACAGAUUCACUCCACAAUGGCAGACAUGGCGGCUGCCACCGUCACCGUAAAGAUGGAGGCGGAUGGGGACACGGGAGAUCCGCCGCAGGAUUUUGUCAAAGAUUUCCAGGAGUACCUCACUCAGCAGACCAACCAGGUCAAUCUCAUCUCAGGUUCCAUUGGUUCUGAGACAGAUCCAGAGCCUCUCAAUGGAGUGGGCGAUCCCUCAGCCCUGGCGGACAAGAUGGAGGGCUGCCUGGAGGAUGGGCUCGGCCUGCCGCUCGACGGCUACGAGCGCACACAGGACGGGAAGCUCAAGUGCAAGUACUGUGACUACGCGUGCAAGGGCACGGCGCGGCUCGAGGAACACAUGAGGACCCAUACCGGAGAGAAGCCUUAUCGCUGCCACCUGUGCUCCUUCGCCUCGGCCUACGUGCGCCACCUGGAGGCGCACAUGCGCUCGCACACGGGGGAGAAGCCCUACAAGUGCAACCUGUGCUCGUUCCGCUGCAGCGACCGCAGCAAUCUCUCCCACCACCGCAGGCGCCGCCACAAGACCUCGGGCCUGGUUGGCCUCUCGGGUCUGGCCCAGCGAGGGAUCCUGGCCAACCGCCGCAGCUUGCUGGGACUUGGGGCAGCGUUCGUGCGCAGGGCUCAUCACGCCUACCCAGGGCACUCGGGCUCGUUGUUGUCCGCGUCUUCGUACAACUUGCAUCAGCACGGUGGAGGCGGUUACGGAGGACGACGUGCGAGCCUGAGCCUCAACAUGAGCCCACCGACCAUGGUGGGCAUGGGCCACGGUUCCAUUGCACCGCAGUCCAAUGCGAGAUUUCACGGGGAUGACCUGGCUCCGAGUAUGCGGAACUACAGUUCUCUCUCCGACGGCGGCGUCGCCCCGGAAAUGAGUGAGGAGACGCCGCUUAGCCAGUUGUCGGCUCUCGCCGGGCAGAUUUCCUGCUUGGUGUCUGGUGAAGUUCGCGGUACUCAGACGGCGCACGCCGACCAACGCGGUCGCGUCGGGAACAUAUGCGAGACGGGGAGGAUCAACGAGCAGGAGGAGCUGGACUGCAGCGAGACGCAAGGGAUAAUCUGCAGCGAAACCGGACAGCUCAUCGAAGACGGCAACAAGGAUGGAUUGGCAUUGCAAGAACGGGACGGAAAAAUAAUGGAACACCUUUACGCAGCGCACAAUUUGGAAAUGCCUGCAAACGGUCCAGUGGUCGCUGCAUCCAUCAGCCUAGCCCAGGAGCAGUCUCCAGCUCAUUCUAGCCCAGAGCCCCAGUCUCAUCACUCAGCCCAGCACCACCACCACCAGCAGCAGCAUCAUCACUCGCAGCCCUCCUCGAGGCAGACAUCGCCGUACCCGAACAAGCAGGAGAGUGGGCACCACCCUCCCAGUGGGUGCAGCCCGAUCAGAUUGACGAGCAGCAGUGAAAUGAGUCUGAGAGCCAACACACCGAGCAGCACGGGAAGCCACCGGAGCACACCCGCCCUGCCCGUGCUCCAGACUCCCGGCUCCUGCCCCCCAGGGGGGCGUCUCUCCCCCAUGCGUGGUCCCCCGGCCCUCUCAAACCAGGCUGACACAGAGGCCCACCAGUGCCCUCACUGUGACAUAUACUUCCCAGACAAUAUACUCUACACCAUUCACAUGGGCUGCCAUGGCUAUGAGAACCCCUUCCAGUGCAAUGUUUGUGGCUACUGCUGCCACGAUCGCUACGACUUCAGCUGUCACUUCGCACGAGGGCAGCACAAGCGCUGAAGAUGCACGUCAAGGGAACAUUGAGAUUAUAAAAGUAAUAAAAAUAAAUAAGCAGGCAAUACACCAAUACGAUACAUAUGUCCCUCCACAUACAAAUUCAAGUUUUCUUUACACAUCCCAUCAGCCACACGACCUUCCUUCUAGGAGUCCAUAAUUUCAGGAGCAUAUAUCCAACACAUGCAUACUCCAGACUGGUUUUUACAUUAAUUGUCUCAUCAGCAGUCGAGCUUGCUUGAACCAAUGUUGAUGAACUGCCAAGCUAAUGAUUGUUGCAUAUUGUAUGGUUUGCAUCGAAGUAGGACCCAUAUCUAACAGAAAGGGUCCUUGCCUAUACGCCUGACAGCAAGCACGUUAUGCCAAUGCGUUCUAAGCUUGCUGAUGAGACACUAAAUGUUGAAACCAGCCCAUCGUUUGCUUAUGUUGAACCAAUGCUGUGAAUAUUGUCUCCCAGAAGGCCAUGUGGAAAAUGUGUAAACAAAUACUUGGAUUUUUCAUCUGGAAAGACGGAUAUGUGAAGGAGGCAUAUUGUCUUCAUUAUUUAUUGAGAUUACAACUUCGAUUCCUCAGCUGGUUCUUGGCUAUAAACUGCUGUUAGCAGAAAUACUACAUUGAGCUUUAGAAAGCACUGGUGUAACGUUGACAUUGUGUAAUAUAUUUACCAACAAUGCCAAUGCAUACAAUGUUUACAUGUAGUGUAGUGUGUAGGGUUAAAAAUUGAUGAGUUUUUUUAAUGUUUGUAACGAAACAUUCAGUAGUGACACGGAGGCCUUUAGUCACAGACUGGGAGUCGCAGCCUCUUUGUUACAGUUAGUGUUUUGCAAGUGUUUGUUACACGCUGUGUAUUGUCUCAGCCAAAGUAGUGUUUCGUUUUUAUUCUUAGGCAUGUAUAU